CAAAUUCAAAUCAUAUAUUUUCAAAACAUUAUACUUGGUUAUGAUUUUUGAAAAAUAAAACCAUAGGAUGCACAGAAUUUACUCUCUGUAUGUAACUUUAUAGCAAUAUUACUUUUUUUCUUAUAACUGAAAACAGUCCUCUAUACAACUGUGUUCAUGCAACUGUAUGUUGUUAUUUAUGUUACCCUACUGUAUGUGCAUCAUUCUUAUAUACAUGUGUGUCCUCAGCACGGGAACACUGCACUGCACGAGGCAGCCUGGAAGGGCUACAGUCACACUGCCGAGGCGCUGGUCAGGGCCAAGGCUAACGUCUACAUCAAGAACAAGGGAGGGUUUGCCCCACUCCACCUGGCCUGCCAGAACGGUCACAACCAGACCUGCAGGGUCCUCCUCCUGGCAGGCUGCAAACCUGACAUCAAGAACAACUAUGGUGACACUCCCCUACACACCGCUGCACGCUAUGGCCACGCUGGUGUCACCCGCAUACUACUCUCUGCCAGGAUACACGUCGGCGAGAUGAACAAGAAUGGAGACACGGCCCUGCAUAUUGCUGCCGCCAUGGGCAGGAGGAAGCUCACCAAGAUACUGCUGGAGUCUGGUGCCGACCAGCACAUUAAGAACAAGGUAGGGAGAGUCUGGUGCCGACCAGCACAUUAAGAACAAGGUAGGGAGAGUCUGGUGCCGACUAGCACAUUAAGAACAAGGUAGGGA